AUGGAGGAGUACCUUUGUUUUUUGCAAAACCAUUACGAAGCUAGUGUUAGACGGAUGAUCACCAAUAAUGAACGAAGGAUCAUCAUUGAUCUUGCGCGGUUUAGAGAUCAUCUUCCGAGCAAGAAUAAGGCAUUGUUCCAACAAUAUCGUGAGGAGGAGGUGCUGUUGAAGCUGGCACUCAAACAAGUUGUCGAAAAAAUCAACCCUGAGUACUCAAAUAGGUACGAAGAGUUUUUUGUCGGCUUUGAGGGCAGUUUCGGCAGUCACCACGUUACACCUCAGACGUUAAAUAGUAAUUUUAUAAAUAAAUUAGUGUGUGUCGAAGGUGUCGUCGCGCGGUGUCAUGUCGUACGCUCGAAGUUGGUUAAAUGUGUUUAUUUUUGUCCAACUACCGGAAAAACAAUGAUCGUUCGUUCCGCAGUUCAGCCAAAAAUGAAGGAUUGGGAACUUCAGUAUGGCUUGUGCGAGUACAAGGACGUACAAGAAAUUACUAUCAGGGAGGCGUACGAGAAUACAUCGCCAGGAAGAGUGGCACGCGAAGUGAUUGUCUCAUGUGAGUACGACUUGGCAGAUAGUUUUAAGAUUGGAGAAAGGGUCCUAGUAGUUGGGGUAAGACGUCACACAAUGCCGGGAGUUGGCUAA